CAUUAAGGCAAGCAGUGGAGCAUGAAAUACUGUAUUUAGAAGGAUUACAACACGGAUUAAGGGAUGUUAUCUCGUGACCGGCGAAGUAGGUUUCCGUCAUCUGACGGCGGUUGGCGCAUUCACGGAUGUAAAUUUAGCUCAAAGCACGUUACAAGGCAUUGCAAUACGGCGAAGUUGUCAUAAGUUAUUUGAAGCGUCGCAGUGAAGAGCUUCCUUUGUAAACUCUUAAUUCUUGUCAGUGACUUAGAGCACUCUCGCGAAAACAGGUCAACAGCUAACUCUAAAGUGAAGAAAAAGCACUGAAGUGUGUUUAGCAGAAGAAUCUGUCAUGGAACUGUCUCAAACCGACUCGCCUGGAACCGUUCGAAGAUACGCAGACAGACGAAAGAAAGAGAAAUUGCAGAGAUGUAGAUCGGUCGGAAACGUUGCAUUUCCGAAUGGUUUAAACCUUUACAAUCACGCCUGUCACAAUAAAAGGAGGCAUACAAUACCCACAGAACAAGAGAGGACACCACCAGCUAUUGUCAUUGAUUGUGCAAAAGACGAACCACAGGAUAAACUGAACGAACUCGACAUGCUAAAUAACAAUUACGAUGAAGGUCUCUUAAAUCCUUCAUACGUUUUAGACGCCGCUGUAGCGAGGAAUGACUCUCGCCUGCUUCAUGGAAUUUUAAGCGCUGGACACAUUAUGUUGGACAAUUUAAACGCCAGCGGAGGGACUGCAAUGCACGAAGCUGCAUUUCAAGGUAAAGUGAAAUGUUUGGAAGUGUUUCUGAAGUUUGGCGCUUCGGUAGACAUAAGAGAUAAAGAGGGAUGGACGCCUCUUCACGCCGCUGUCUGCGGAGGUGAUAUUAGAGCUGUAAUUUUCCUUAUUAGGAAUGGAGCGAGCGUAAAAGCUUACACGAGGGAAGGACUUACACCUGUUGAAAUCGCAAUGGACAACAAGGACAAGAAAAUGGUCCAAGCGCUUUCUCUUCUUAGCACGGGAAACAAGCGCGUUCGAAUGUUUGCACAAGAAGCAUGACUUUUGAACAACGACAUCACUUGUACACUUGUACAUACAUAAUUGCUCUUGUUUUAAAUACGUUUACAUUCUUCAUCACCUGAACAAAUGUUAGAUAUGAUCAUAAUAUAUAUUUCAGCGAUAGAUUAAUCUUAUAAGGAUUGCUAAAGUUAGAGCCAUAAGUAAGUCACUCUACAAAGAGCCAAAGUACAGUUAACAUCGCAAUAAUACCAUGCACUCUGCACAUGCCUAAUUAAUAUGUAUAUAACAAAUUUCCCGAUAUUUUUUUUUAACUUAAGUAGAUUUCUUAGAAGUCUACCAGUAAUUCUCUUUUAAGCUGUCACAACAGUUUUUCUUUGAUAGCUGAGUCAGAAUUACUGAGUUUCGCUGCAUAGCCUCAGAACAAUAGCAUAUGACCAUGCAUGUAUAAAUUAUUGUAUCUAAACAGUUCGAACCGCCCUGUACAGCUUAACCCUUGAACCCCCGAGAUCUGAUUAUUAAUUCUCCCCUUUAGCUGCGACACAUUUCUUUGUAAAUUAGUAUCGAGAAUUUCAUAGGUGUAAGAUUAAGAUAACAACUUCGAACUGAUAAGUUUGAGUUUUCUUAUCAUCCGUUUGUUGAAUGAGGUGAGGAUAUUAUAGGGAGAAGAUACAUGUCAAUCACUUCUGGGAGUUAAAGGGUUACUGGGUUUUCAUUUGGGCUUUCAUUUGAGGGUCAUAUACCUAAGGGCUGCCCUAUUCUUCUGAGGCAUAAUGAAACGAUUUAGUGUGUUGAUUGCAAGGAUUGAUCUCUCGCGAACUUAAAUUCUAAAGUUUUUUUCCUUAAUAGAGGACGAUAUGAAGUGUUUUCUUUUUUGAACGAAUCAAAUAAAGGCAUUGUAAACCUGUAAUUAUAGAAGUCUGGUACUUGUCCAAAAAUUCAUAGCUUUAGAAGGCUUUCAAGCUUAAAGGUCGUGUCAAGCGUUCAAAGACUCGUGCAAAUUCAUGAUCGGAUGUUUAUGUCCUGUAUAGGAUCAGCGCAGGUUUCUGACGUAGAUACGUGGAUAUAUUCGCAUGUCUAAAAAACAACUCCUUAAAAGUAAAUUUAAAUGGGGAUAACGGAAGGUUUAAAUUAGAACUUCUCGAUCUCUCCGUGAAGGGAUAUAAAUGUGUACUUUUUUUUCUCUGUAUUUCAGGAGCUAACAUCUAUGCAAAUACCUGAUAUAAACAGGAAAAAGGUACAAACAAAUUUAGCGACUCUGUAGCUAUAUACAGCCAAAAAAAAAAGUCAUAUGUGUUCGUAAAUGAUAAAACGUAAAACGCACAGAUUGACAAUAGUUUUUCACAGCGUGCUUGAAUUGUGAUUGGCAUUUAUUUAAAUGAUUGUUGGAGUUUAGGUGGUCUGAAAUACAAAUAAAAUGAAUAACUGAAUAAAAUUCAUGAUCGGAUGGUUAUGUCCUGUAUAGGAUCAGCGCAGGUUUCUGACGUAGAUACGUGGAUAUAUUCGCAUGUCUAAAAAACAACUCCUUAAAAGUAAAUUUUGAUAAGGAUAACGGGAAGUUUAAAUUAGAACUUCUCGAUCUCUCUGUGAAAGAAUAUAAAUGUGUACUUUUUUCUCUAUAUUUCAGAAAAAGGAUACACACAAAUUCAGGGACUCUGUAGCUAUAUACCGCCAAAAAAAAAGUCAUACGAGUUCGUAAAUGAUAAAAUGUAAAGUGUACAGGUCGACAAUAAUUUUUCACAGCGUGCUUGACUUGUGACUAGCAUUUAUUCAAAUGAUUGUUGGUGUU